CCACGAUGCGUCACGACAACAGCCUUUACGACGGUGUCAUGGCGACGCAAGGGGUCAGUUUUGAGAGUUCGAGCAGCAUCGAAGAAAGGAAAGAAAAGAAGCGUCAGUCGCGACAAGAGGCGAUAGAAAAGGCAAAACAGCAGCAUGAGCGGGAAGAGAGGAGGAAGGAGCUAAAGAGGCAGAGAGGGGAGGACACUUGGAUUCUUCCUGAAGUUAACCAGAGGCUGCAGCAGAUAGAGGAAGAGGGAUCUGUCAAGAGCAAAAAGAAGAAAGAAAAGAAAACCAAGAAGAAAAAAGAGAAGAAGAAAAAAGUCAAGAAGGAGAAGAAAGCAGAAGUAGGAAAUGACUCCAGCGACAGUUCACAGGACUCGGAGGAGGAGUGGGUCGAGGCUCACACUCAGCCUGCGAAAGCAUGGAAGGUUCAGUCCAAGGCUUCAGAGGGCGGCCUCAGCCCUGCGCAGAACAUCCAGAGAGACGAAUGGAUGACUUUUGAUUUCCUGGCCAUGAAAACCACGUCCACUGCAGAGAGACGAGCGGAGAAAGACCGACACAAAGAGGACGAGAGAGCCAAGGCUCAGGCCAUUGAACAGGCUGGUUUGCACAAACUGGAGCUGAACCCGUACUGGAAAGAUGGAGGAACUGGUUUACCUCCAGAGGACCUAGCUCAAACUGCAGCAAAGAGAGCAGGCCCUGUGGUGAAUGAUGGUGGCCUGAGCUGGCUGAGGAAGAGCUAUCAGAGGAUGAAGGAGCAAGCAGAGAGGGAGCAGCGCACCCUCAGUGAUAUUGUAGCUCAGAGAUACGGGUCGAUGGAGGAAUUUCAGAAGAGACUCGCCGAUGCCGAGACAGCUGCGCAUGGGCAGAGUAGAGACGACAGAGAGUGUUCACCAAGAGAAGGAUGGAGGAAAGGAGACGAGGAUGACAGGGAGAGAUGGAGGAGGAGAGAGCAAGAUCAAGCUCGGGGGAGAAAAAGUGAAAGAGACUUGUCACCCCGAGACAAAUACAGUUACAGGAGGGCAGAUGAGAGGGAGAGGCAUCGAGGAAGAGAGGUUGACAGGGGCCGAGACGGAGACAGGUAUAGGGAUAGAGAGAGAGGGCGAGACAGAGGCAGAGACGACGAAAACGACAAAAAUAGAGACAGAGAGAAAGAAAGGGAUAGCUUUAGGGAUAAAGAAAAAGAUGUCACUACACAAGCAUCUUCAUCAUCAUCUGCCUCUCUUGGCUCACUAAAAGGCCGUUUCCUCAAACCAUCAGAGGACGAUGACACUGUUGAAGCACCUAAGCGUCCUCCUCCAACCCAGUCAUCCGCCCGUUUCCUGAAACCCAGCUCUGAUGAUGAGGACUCUCCCCCGAAGAAGAGUAGCGGUCAAGCCUGGAAAACAUGCAGCACAUCUGAACCUGACAGGGCUGAAAAUCCUCAGGAAAGCCAAACACAUUCAGAGAGGAUCGUAAACACUCCUCAUGUUGCUUCAUCAUCAAGGACUGAGAGUGAAAGUGAGGAAGAGGAGGAGGCAGAAAAAGAGUUUCCACUGCUGUCAGAGGAAGAGAUGAACAAGCUGGGGUCAAAGCUGAUAAAAGCAGAGAUCAUGGGCAAUACGGCCGUGAUUGAGAAACUGAAGUCACAGCUGGAAGCAGCUCAAAAAGCAAAGGAGUUUCAUGCUGCCAGAAGGAAAGAACAUGAAGCAGCCAAGUUGAAGCAGGUAACAAGUCACUCGAGGGAAGACCAGGAAGUUUUGCUGUUCAGAACUGACGAGUCAGGUCGGGCCUGGCCUGUGAAGGGUCCUUCCGGACCCCAGGAGCCCCACGGAGGACGGCGGAAGAAGAAAACGAUUGAGACCCACGUUGAUGGAGAGCGUGUUCGCUACUUCAAGGAUGACGACAGCAUUGGCCUGCAGGAGAUGGUGAGGAGGGAGAAGAUGAGCUCUGCACAAGAUCAGCAUGCUCUUUAUUCACGUAUGGCAGCAAAGAUGAUGGGGAAGACGGACGGCGACAACUAUACACUGGACGACAUGUUCGUGUCGGGUGCAGCGCAGCGGGAGGGCGAGGGCAGGGAGGAGGAGAGGAUGAGGAACAGAGCCAUCGGGGAGAGCAGAAGGCUGGCUGCCUCCAUGGAUAAAUGCCCUCACUGUUUCAGCAGCCAGGAGCUCCCGAAGCAUCUUAUAGUGGCCAUAGGGAGCAAGGUAUACCUGAGCUUGCCUACAGGAGUUUCAAUGACUGAAGGCCACUGUCUCAUCUGUCCUCUUCAGCAUCACUCUUCUGCCACCGGAUUGGAUGAGGAUGUCUGGUCAGAAAUGCAGCUGUUCCGGCGUGCUUUGGUGCGAAUGUUUGAAGCCCAGGAGCUUGACUGUGUGUUUAUGGAAACAUACAUGAACCCUCGCAGAAAACAACACAUGGUCUUAGAGUGCAUCCCACUGCCGAGGGAGCUGGGGGACAUGGCACCCAUAUACUUUAAGAAAGCUAUCAUGGAGUGUGAUGAGGAGUGGGCCAUGAACAAGAAGCUUGUUGACUUGUCUUCAAAAGACAUCCGGAGAGCGGUCCCUCGUGGCCUGCCAUACUUUGCUGUAGAUUUCGGAUUGCAGGGAGGAUUUGCCCAUGUCAUUGAAAAUGAACAGAAGUUUCCUCAUUACUUUGGCAAGGAAGUUGUCGGAGGCAUGAUGGACUUGGAGCCGCGACGUUGGAGAAAGCUAAUCAGGGAAAAUUUCGAUGAUCAGAGGAAAAAAGUCCUGCAGUUUGCACAAUGGUGGAAACCAUAUGACUGUACAAAGACUGACGGCUAACUGGAGCACUCUCACAUAGUUUUACUUGGAUGAUUGGAAUUUAAUGGAACAUUCCAAUGUAAUACAAAUGCUUUAAUAAAAAUAAAUCAAAUUUUUUUCAAAUGUAUUUUUUGUAGGUUUGAUUAGACAUAACCUAAGCUCUCAAUAUAAUAAACCUUUUUUACUGUCUUCUGUUCUCCACCCUCUGUCCAAUAAAUUUAAUUUCUUAA